AUGAGCUGGUAUAUACUUAUAGCAAACCUCUCAACUCUUUUUACGCUAUUAAUUUCGGUAUAUAACAUAGGACAGCAAUAUACUCAUUUACAACGUCCAAAAUUUCAGCUUUAUAUUUGUCGUAUUCUCUCAAUGAUUCCUGUAUAUGCAAUUUUAUCUCAUAUUUCAUUUAUUUCACCGUCUCAUGCUGUUAUAUUGAAUAUUAUUAGAGAUUGCUAUGAAGCCUAUGUAUUAUUUUCAUUUCUCAAAUUAUUAAUUUAUUUCCUAGAUGGUGAUAAUGCUGUUAUAAAGAGCUUAGAAGAAAGAGGUUACCUUGUCAAUAUAUUCCCUCAUCAUCAUAUUUUUUAUUUAAUUAAUAUACUAGAUUAUACUAGUGAACACUUACCUGAUUAUACUUACAAAAAGCAAAUCAAUAAAUUAUGUAAUGGUAAUAAUCAUUGCUGUCGUGAAAAUAAGAAUACAUUGAUAAGUAAAUGUAAUGAUGUAAUUCCUUGCUGUAAUUGUUGCAGAUAUUAUAAAGAAGUUAUACGCUUUUAUACAUUUAUUAAAUUGGGUGUAUUACAAUUUGUGAUAAUUAAACCUACUGUUGCGCUUUCAGCUUUAUAUCUUGAAAGUAUUGGUAAAUAUGGUGCAGGUUCUUUUUCAUUAGAUACUGGAUUUCCAUAUCUUGCAUUUUUGAAUGGUGUUUCUGUUUCAUUAACAAUAUACUCAUUAUUUUUGUUAUAUAUAUCAGUAUAUGAGAAGUUAAGACCAAUGAAACCUAUACUCAAGUUCCUAUGUAUCAAACUUAUUGUCUUUGUUAAUUCUUGGCAAUCUUUAAUUAUCUCUUUAUUAUCUACAGUUAAUAUUCUUCCAUUAGAACCUAUAAAAGCUUUAUUUAUAAAUAAUUGGCUACUUACUUUGGAGAUGAGUAUAUUUGCUAUAAUCUAUGGCUUUGCAUUUUCAUAUAAAGACUUUAUAUCUACUCGUUACAUUUAUAAUAAAGAUAAUUAUACAUCUAAAUUUAUAACAGAGAAAUCUAGCUUAAAUAUAGAUCAUGAUUACCAUGAUAUUGAAUCUAAUAAUACUUUCCCUAUAAACAUCAAUACUCAUGGAAAAAAAGUUCUAGAUAAUGUUUUAACUAUAUUAAGUCCCCAAGAUAUUAUUCAAGAUGCUCAGAAAACUUUUAAGAUGAUUGGAAACUCUAGUAGUUUAAUUUAUUCAGGGUCUACUAUUAUUGAGUCAAUUAUAUUAACUGAUAGUAUCCCAAUGAAACUAGUUAAGUUUGAGGAUUUCUGA